CUCAAGACACAUCAGUUGAUGCAUGCCAGAGUAUUGUUUGUCCUGCUGGCUAUAGCAUUGUGCUGGUGGCUCAUAUUCAUACUAUGGCCUAUUAUUACCCCUAGAUCUCUUUCAGUUGUGUUGCUAGUCUGUUUGGCGCCACCGAGUGUGUAUGUUGGGGAUUGUUCGUCCCCAGAUGGAGCACUUUACACUUCUCUCACAUAUAUGAAGGAUGUCUUUGAGCGAGACAGUAAUUGAAUGCAAGAUAGAUGAGAGCCAUAAGAAUGUAAGAGAUGCUGAGUCAGGCCACAGGUCUGUCCAGCAGAAUAUCCCAUCUCACACAGCAGCAGGGACUGGAUGUUAAGGGAAAGCGUGUUUUUUGUAUGGCCUGUCUGGACUGAUCUUUCCCUCUUCUCCUCUUCCCUUGUGGUUUCUAGCAUUUAGAGGCCUAGGAAGUCCUCAUUUAGAAGCUGCGACCAUAACUUAUUACGUUUAAGAUCCACUGAUGGACCUUUCCUUCAUGAAUUUGUCUCGUCCUUUUUUGAAUCUCCUUAAAUUGCCAGUCUGUACAACAUCUUGUGGCAAUAAGUUUCACAAGUUAAUUACAAGCCGAGUGGAAAGAGAACUUCCUUUUGGUAGUUGUAAACUCUCUUCCUAAUCAUUUUGUUGUACAGCUUCUUAUUGUAGAAGUGAGACAGAUUAGAAAUAGUAAAUCCCUCUUUAUUGUCUCGAUGCUGCUCGUUAUUUUAUAGGCCUCUGUCAUAUCUCUCCUUGUACAGAAACCUCUCCAUACCCCUGAUCAUCCUUGCCCUCCUCUGUUCAUUUUCUACCUCUACUGUAUGCUUUUGGAGGUGGGUGGAUUGGAACUGCACGAGGUAUUCCAGGUGGUGGUGUACGGUGGAUUAAUACAGUGAUGUGGCGUUCUGUUUUCAGUUCCAUUCUUAAUACACCCUAACACACUCCAUUUGCCUUUUUGAUGUUUGCUGAACACUGGACAUGUUUUCAAAGAACUAUCCCAAUAAUUCUUCUUCUAGAGCUGUGUUGGUCUAAAUGCAUAUGACUUUGAUCUGAUUUUAAAAGACAAGGAAGCCUGGUCUCUAGCUAGUGCUCUGAAGAAGAAAAGUCCUUUGAAAAUGCAUGUUUUUAGGUCUGAUUUUCUCCCUCAUUAAUUUGGUUAUAUGCCUGUAACUCCAUUUAAGUCAAUGGUGUGACACACAUUAACAUGCUAUAAUAGAGUGAAGAAUUAAGCCUCUCACAUUAGGUGGUGUUGCCCAUGAGGAAGAAAAAUAAUUUUUUUUAUCUGUUUGUUUUAGAGCAGACCCUAAUGAUCCCCGCGAGGACAUGGUUCUCACUGUGUGAGGCAGCCUAGAUGCAGAAAGAAAGUCCCUUCCAUGAAGACCUUUCAAUCUGAAAGGGCAAAAAGAUUAGAGGAAGAGGAAUGUUCUUCAUAAGCAGUACUGUACAGUAGGAUCAUCUGAAAACAUUCAUUUAUUAUGUCUCUCCAGUUGUAGCAGGGCUCAUUGGUGCUACUGUCCUUGUAGUUUCUGUCUCAGUAACGGUAUUUGUGUGGACAUGCUGCCACCAACAAGCAGAAAAAAAGCACAAAAACCCUCCUUACAAAUUCAUUCAUAUGCUGAAAGGCAUCAGUAUCUACCCGGAGACCUUGAGUAACAAGAAGAAAAUUAACCGUAUCCGGAGAGACAAGAAUGGCACUGCCAAGGAUACCGGAAAAGGAAACCUCUUGGUGGAUGCUGCUGAGGCUGGCUUACUGGGCUCUGAGAAGACCCCAGAUGGACUUAAUGCAACCCCCUGUGUUGAUCAGCUCCCAAUAAAAAUGGAUUUUGGAGAUGAACUAAGUCCAGAUCAAAGCCUCACCCCAGGUGGGAGUAAAACCUCCUCCCCAUCUUCCCCAGAGGAGGAUGUCCUGCUGGGAGAACUGACUUUCUCAGUGGACUACAACUUUCCCAAAAAAGCAUUGGUGGUGACCAUUCAAGAAGCUCAUGGGCUGCCCAUGAUGGAUGAGCAUACACAGAGCUCUGAUCCCUACAUAAAGAUGACAAUUCUUCCAGACAAAAGGCACCGAGUCAAGACUCGUGUGCUUCGCAAGACCUUGGACCCUGUCUUUGAUGAGACUUUCACCUUCUACGGGAUCCCCUACAGCCAGCUCCAGGAUUUGGUGCUCCACUUCCUGGUGUUGAGCUUUGAUCGUUUCUCACGAGAUGAUGUGAUUGGAGAAGUCAUGGUGCCGCUUGCUGGGGUAGAUCCAAGCACUGGAAAGGUCCAGCUCACUAGGGAGAUCAUCAAAAGGAACAUACAAAAGUGCAUUAGCAGAGGAGAACUGCAAGUCUCGCUGUCUUACCAGCCUGUUGCACAGAGAAUGACUGUUGUGGUGCUGAAAGCUAGACAUUUGCCGAAGAUGGAUAUCACCGGUCUCUCAGGUAAUCCCUACGUUAAGGUGAACGUUUAUUAUGGUAGAAAGCGCAUAGCAAAAAAGAAGACCCACGUGAAGAAGUGCACUUUGAAUCCUGUCUUCAAUGAGUCCUUCAUUUAUGAUAUCCCAGUGGAUCUCCUUCCCGACAUCAGCAUUGAAUUCCUAGUCAUUGAUUUCGACCGCACCACAAAAAACGAGGUGGUGGGACGGCUGAUUUUGGGAGCGCACAGCAUCACCACAGCGGGCGUGGAACACUGGCGAGAGGUGUGCGAGAACCCCCGGAAGCCAGUUGCCAAAUGGCACAGCCUGAGCGAAUACUAGCAGAGGCUGUGGCAGCGAGCGCUGGCCAAGAGAACAGACUUAAACCUUGUUUUAGUCGUAGAACUAAACUUUCAUAAGAAGCAGCUGAUUGGUUAUUUAGUGAUGUGAUUUUGCAGGGCACUAAAAUUCUAAAAAGCAUUAAAAUUUAAAAAUACCACAAAUAUAUAUAACAGUGUAGUCACGCUAUUGCAUGCCUAAUACAAACUAAAAUUAGUAUAACUGCCAAUAUCAAGUUGCAGAUUUUAAUACAAUUAUCUGUCACUAUCGAAGUUGUGUUUGUGCCGAACUGUCUUUGCUGGUAUUCACCAAAACUGGUCUCUCUAUUAGGCUUCUCCCAAAGUUUCUGAAAUUGUUGUUUCACCUCUAGUUUCUUGUUAGUUUGUCUGCCCAUUGAUUCUUGCAGUUCACUUCUUUGCUGAUUUGGGAGCACUAACUGCAUUUCCAUAUAUGAAGGUUUAGUAUUCUGCACUGGUGCAAAGAGAUACAGGGAAGAACAGUUCUAUCUAAGGAAAAAAACAGCCUGUUACCUGGUACCAGAAUAUUUCUAUUUGUGCUGUAUUUGCUAUGGAGCUAUAAAGUGAUUUGCAUCUAAAACUGAAAUACUAAGAAACUCAUCACUGCUUUUGCCACAUGGAGGUUCUGGAGAAAUAUUUGUAUUAUGACGGACUCCGGAAAGCACCAGCCUGCAUUUUUUUCCAACCCUAUAUGUAUAUGUUGGGUUCAGGCAAAAUGAUCUACACUAAAGAUGUGAGAUCAAAUUGUAGGAAGGCUGAUGUUUUAAAAGUUUAUAAAUUCUACGUGACCGUUACCCAGUACCUUAAAUCAGGCAGCAAAAUACUGGAGAGUGAGUCUUCAAGUCAAUUAAAUAAAUUAAACAGUAAUCAUAUGUUCCUUAAUUGGACUAGAAAUAACAUUUUAUAUUCUACAGUUGGUCUAAAUAGCCCGUAUUCAAAGGGUUAAACAAUUUACAUAGAAAAAAAUGUUUUCACAAAAUAUCUUUUAGUUUCUCAAAAAAGCUAGUUUUCAGAAGUACAAAACAGUUUUAAACUACUUAACUAUAAGGUAUUGACUUCCGAAAAGUAGAACAUGCUUGCUCUCUCCUGUGGAUGGAAUGUAAAACCAUGACUGGAUAAAUGUGUUUAGCACUAUGCAAGUUAAGCCUGAAUAGUUUAAUUUUAAACAAGUUCAUAGAACUAAGUUCUGCGAAGGUCAGUUGAGCUUGGAGGUAGUUGCAUUUAGAUCUUACUGUAAAAACACUGCUCUAAACUUGUAAACAAGAUGACUGUACUUUGACAAAGUAAUUUAAGUUGGUUUCUUAUAUUCAAACUGGGAGAUGUAAAAAGACAAGUGGCAGCAAACAAAUAAUUUUAAAGAUUAUUGGCAAGCGAAGCAUGAACAGUUUACAACAAAAUAUAGUAAACAAUCCCUCUGCAGGAUUUUAUUUUUUUUAAAUUCUAUAUCUUGAAAAUACAAAGCAGAUUGAGUGGGCAGAAAAGCAAACAGAAGACUGCAAGUUUUCAGUGUUCGUUAAGUUGAUUCCACGCAGCCAGUCUGGUCUGUGCCCCGUGGAAUGUAAAUAAUGUAUUAUAAGUAAUUUUUUUAAAACCAUUUAACUAUUUGCAGUACUUGACCACUGAAUUUUAGAGCCCUGUUGAAAAAGUGAUCCUCACCACUUUCUUACUAUUGAAAGUAGAUUAAACUGAGCAAGUCUUACCCUUCGGUUCCCUUUCCAGCCACAACGUAAAGCAAUUGCUGCUGCAAGGACUCUUCACGUAGACAACCUGCACAACACCUGCCAUUAAUGUCCCAGUAGCUCUUCCUGACCGCAUCUUUGAAAGGCUGAAUCUUCUCAGUGGUAGCUUUCAUUGCUUGUUAGGUACACCUUUCAAGACAGACUUUCAUUUGAACUGUGAAAAGUGUUAACGGGUCAGGGAGUAAUAGCAGUUACUCAGAAACAGGAUUUCAGUUUCAAAGCCUUACAAGUGCAGGUAAAUGCAAUGCGAGUUUCCCCAUGCACUCUACUGGGAAACCUGAAUCCUGAUUAUGAGGAUUUGUGCUUGAGGUUGGAGUAGAUUUUGAUCUACGUCUUAAUUCCUUUGUAGCUUAUACACUACUAGUGGCUCUCUACCAUGACCAGGAGAACAGAUUCUCCUCUAGACGUUCAGUGCAAAUAUAUUAGAUUUCUGUUUUUCCUCACUAAGCAGUCUGGUUAUUAAAGGCUAUUGAAUGUCACUGGUCCUCCGGGGAACCAUAUUUUUCCCUCCCCAUCGCAGAAAUAUUACUAGGAUACAUUCUAUUCAAAUGUUCCUUUUUUUCUUCAAUGUAAAGAGUAUGCUUAAGCCUAGAUCACCUCCUUAUUCUGAUUCCUUUAGUUGAAAAGGAAAGAUGAACUCGUCAAGGAAAUGUGCUCAGGGUAAAUAGACUUAGGCUUAUUGGGCAGAUAUGAGUAGCUCCAUUACUCCUCAGGAAUAAUGGGAAACUGAAGAUGUGCAGAUAAUUUUUCUUUGGUGUAAAACUGACAGUUAGUGACAGCUGCCUCACCGUGGAAUCUCUCAAAUGUGGUUUCUUUACCUUGUGUCUUCUAUUGUAAAAUUAACUUGGACGGUUUCAACUUUGUGUUAAAAGAAAAAAAGCAAAAGAACUAACUUGAAAUUUGUGAAACUGCAUAAUGCUGUAUGCUAAUCCUACAAUAUGUAAUGCUAUCUUGUAUGUUGAAUUUGUUAACGCACAUUGAGUGUGCAAAUAAAGAUUGAUUCACUUUAAA